AAUGAUGCAAAUGAAAAAAAACACCUCCAGCCAGGCGUGGGGCGGUGGGGGAGAAACGCACUCCACCUAUAGUGAAGAGUUUCGUGGCCAAAAAAGCGGUAAGAUACCAACAAUUGUUACUUCUAUUUCUGCUUCUGUAUUUCAAUCAAUUUCUUUUUUUGGAGAUGAUAAUAUUCAUUGUGGACUUCACUGAUUUACUCUUUCUCUAUCUUUACAGGCGACUGGUAUAACUUCUGUCGGACUCCGCCCAGGCGCUCGGUACUCGGGACUCGCAAAAGCAGAGAAACAGCAGUUCGAGGCUGAGUUGUCCACUUUAAAGGCUAAGGUGACGGCCUUGGAAGAGGAGAUUCAGAGUAUGAAACAGGAAGACCAGAGACAGGAGGAGGACAACCAGAGACAGAUAGAUGAGCUUCAGAGAAUGAAACAGGAAGAUCAGAGACAGGAGGAGGACAACCAGAGACAGAUAGAUGAGCUUCAGAGAAUGAAACAGGAAGAUCAGAGACAGGAGGAGGACAACCAGAGACAGAUAGAUGAGCUUCAGAGAUUGAAACAGGAAGAUCAGAGACGGGAGGAGGACAACCAGAGACAGAUAGAUGCGCUUCAGAGAUUGAAACAGGAAGAUCAGAGACAGGAGGAGGACAACCAGAGACAGAUAGAUGAGCUUCGGAGAUUGAAACAGGAAGAUCAGAGACAGGAGGAGAUUGAGAGCCAGAAAAGGGCAGUUCAUAGACUGAAACAGGAACACAUGAGAAGGAAGGAGGACAACCAGAGACUGAAAGAGGUGAUUCAUAGACUGAAACAGGAACAAGAGACGGAAGGAGGACAACCAGAGACUGAAAGAGGUGAUUCACAUACUGAAACAGGACCACAAGAGAUGGAAGGAGGACCAGAGACGGAAGAAGGAGAUUCAGAGAUAGUACAAGAUGAAUCAGAGUCUGCGGUCGGCCCUGGAUGCGCUGGCAACGCUGCAAGAGUUCCCUCUAAGCACGCCCGAGAGACCACAGUUAACCCCCCCAACGCAUCUCAUCACCCUCAGCACCAGCAGCUUUUGACUUCUGUUCACCAUCAGCUCCCCCUCUAAUUUUUCCAUUUUCCCUGACAGCACCCGGACCUGGAAAUAUGUGGGGUGGGAGCGGAGGAGCAUGCAUCACUCUGCCAAAUGAGUCAAGGCCGCGUGGAUCGCUACAGGUGUUUCCUGUUUAAAUUUGUUGCUGUUUAAAAAGAAAAGUACCAGGCGUGGUGCACCGCAACAAACUGGGAUGGAUCGAUGGGGAAGUAGCAGCUCCCUCAAAAUCUGGAUGAGUUCGCCAUGAGCACCAGAGAUUUCCCAGUAUGGGAAUACGAAAUGCAAAGAUGGUGGUCGAUUGGAUAGAUGAGGUGCUGCGAACACCCCGUCAGUUUGUUCUGGGACUCAUUCGUUAGGUUAUUUCACCUACAAACCUUCUGAAUUGUGUACAGUCUAAUUGUAAAUGCAUUUUCAUUUCAUAAUAAACACUUUUUCUGUGAAGUGCC